GCAUUAAUAAACACUUACAUCUGCUUACAAUUACAUUGGAGCGUGUUACACCAUUUAUUAAAUGUUUAUAUACUACUUAUAAAGCCUUGAAGUAAGUUGUUGCCCUAUUUGUAGCACAUUUCAUACAGAUUAAUAGCAUUUACGUUGAUGAGGUAACUGCAUUCACUAACUUGUGAGAAUCAUUUUUGCACUAUGCAAACACAUCAGGAUGAAGCACGGAGCUCACAGACGGACACUGACUCCUAAGCUCCUUCGGGGGGCGAUGUUCUGCAGCUGCUGACCCGUCUGUGGACAACAGCAAACAAAAGGAGUCUUUCGCAGCAGGAAUCAUUACAAUACAUUUUUUAUUAAGUGCCACCUUUCUGCUUCACUGUGUGGUGUUAGUUGAGUCCAGAUAUGUCCUGGUGAACAGCAGGAUGAUUAGCCUCUAUUUGCUCUAAAUCCCCCCUCCACUGAGAACUGUAAUUCAUGAGAAACUUUUCGCCCCCCUCUCUGAAGAUCUGGUCGAAUGUUGCGUCUGGUGAUUUUACAUCAUUUCUCUCCGCCUUCCAACAAUCCGAUUUCAGUGCCUUGAGUAGGCUGGAUCUCCGCCUCUAGAGCUCUGAGUAAGACCAGCCAUGUGACAAAACACUGGGCUGAUUAGAAACCCAACCUGACAAGAGGUUUUUCUUUUCUCUGGGGAACAGUCAGUUGUUCGUAGGUGCACAGCUGUGCAUCAUUUUCUGAACUCAAAAUGAGAUUUUAGUGAGAUUUUGCCAAAAAAGGUCACACUUCAGCCCACAUGGGUCAGACACCGAUCUGCAGUAAUUUAAUGCAUGAAACUUUUCCUCACUGAGUCAAUGAUAUGAAGUGCAGCUGCUGAUACAUUAAUGACUGAAUGAAAGCCUGUUUUUCCUGCAUAGUGCCCAGUGUACAUAGGCUUACAAGACACUACAAAUACACUGUACUACGGGUCAGAUCCAGAAUGGUGCAUAUCCAUUUUCAAACUACAUUACAAAACAACAUAAGUGGUGAAUAAGGUAAACACUCCCUUUUCUACUAUUUUAGAAUAAGAUCACCUCGUAAAGCCUACCAGGUUCACUAAAGGUCAGGUUUAAAGGGUCAUCCCAUUUAAAGAUGGAUCCACAUAUAACACUAAGAAUUACACAUCUGAUGGGACUGGACUCUGACACAUUUUGCUCAUUUUGCCUCCACAGAAUCAUUGGCUCUUUUAUACAUGUUGUAUGGGAAUUUUUGGUUUGUGGCGGAAGGUUAAUAGUGCUCAUGCAGAACUAACAGGAGUACAAUUACCAAUGGACCCGGCUGUAUAUCUUCAGUAUAUGUUUUAAAUGAUGACUCCCAUUCCCUUUCCCUUUCAGAAAAAAACAAGCAAAGUCUGAGUGGCAGGCGUGACUGCAGGUAAGAUUGUAGUGCAGCAUCACAAACCUCCUCAUGAUAUUUGAGGUACUCACUGGCUUUAGAGCUUUUUGGAUAUUUAUGACCUGGAACUAUCAUCAGCAAGAGUCAAUGAUGCAGUCCUAAUUUGGACAAUGAUAUUUACAACUGAUACAACUGAUAUUUAACUUCUAUCAAAAUGGGAAUGCUCUGUCUGUGCAGGCAUUACAUCAUGUCCAUUGGGGGAGGGAAGAGGAAACCAUAAUUGGAGCAAUUUGACAGGGAAUUCAUAUUUGAUCGAUGUUAGACUAGACAUUAGAUACAGCUAGUUUGUCACAUUUUAGCAUGGCGAAACCCAUUAAAAACAAAUCAUAUUUUAUAACACAGCCAAAACAGAUGCUGAGGGUAAAACUCAACUUGAUUAAUAGGACUGUUAGAUAGCCCGUGUCAGGAUACCUGGAUGCCAAGCCGGCAGCUGAUGCCUCCAUUAUUUUAAUGUGUUUUGUGUGAAUCCGACUAUCAGUUCAGUAGGCUAUCAGCCACGGUCUCGUGGGCCUUUCAGUCAGUCAGUGGGGUUUGCGUGCGACAGCGCCAACCUUUCUCCACAUUCCACAAUGAAAGAGUUUUGUCCCUGCUUUGUGAUUAAGGUCAUCACCAAUUCAGUGCCUGUUUUGUGGCAUUUGAAAGAUGUCCAAUCUCCUGGGUUGGCACAAUCACCCCAUGCCUGUUACCAUGGAAAGCUGGGGCAAGCUAGAACCUCCUCCAUGCGCGUUCCCAAAGUAAAUCUCCACUUUCUGGGGGGUGAGAGCCAAGGGGGUUGGGAGGUAACUUGCGGUCAUCUGUCUCUGCAGUGAAAGUUGCUGGAGGUUCAUGCGCUACACACCCACAAAUUAACCCUCUCCUCUCCCUAUGUGGCUUUUAACAUGCUGUUUUAUGGGCUUAUAUUUCCUCUCAGUGCGCACUGGCGCCCUGUGUAAUAGAUGAAGAUACACUACCCACGCUGGACAUCUAAAGAGGUUAAUUCGGCUGACUCCUCCCAGCGUUGCCAUUUAUCGUAUAAUAAUCGCACCACUUGAGCUUCGCCUUAAAAGUGGGAGGGCUGCUCGAGAGCGCCGGAAAACCUCGAGGAGCUGUCUCCGUUACGCGUGGUGCUGAAAGUGCCACUCGCCGCAUCAUGUGGUCGGUCUUCUUCAUAUUUCUGUCUUAUCUGGACAGAAACUUCGUCAAGGGAGACUUCCUGAGCCGCGCUUUGGACGCAGAGAAGGAGAGCAAAGAGAUGUUCUCCAUGCUCAACGGCACCUUUUGCGCAAAAAUGUCAACCGUGGGAGAGAAUUUCCUCUACCAGGUGUCAGACGGAGCCGAGGUGGUGCGCUCCGUCGUCAGCCCCUCCGGCAAGCUCGUGAACUGCUCUGUUAUUGUGAACCAGAUGCAGGUGAAGUCCUUCAUGCACGAGUGCAGGUUGGGGCUGAAAGAGCAGAGAGCCGCGCGGCAGCUCGAGACGCGUUUUGCGCGCAUGAAUGAAGCCAAACUGAUGUGCCGGGAGUUUAAACAGAGGUCCGGGCGCAGCGACAGGGUGGAGACGGACGACUGCGAUGACUCUGCGCUGCAGAACAAGGUUUUAAAAAGAUCCAAGAGAGGGUUUACUUAUCCUGGGACCCUGUGGUGUGGAGCCGGUAACAUGGCUGACAACUAUGACCAGCUGGGAAACUUUGCAGAGACGGACAGUUGCUGCCGUACUCAUGACCACUGUCCUCAUGUCAUCCACGCCUUCUCCUCAAAUUAUGGCCACACUAAUUUCAAGUGGCACUCCAUCUGUCAUUGUGACUGCGAUAAUACGCUGAAAGACUGUUUGAGGAAAGUCAAUGACACAUCUUCCAGGGUUGUCGGUCAGGCUUUCUUCAAUGUUAUCGGUGUGCCUUGUUUUGAGUUUGCCUAUGAAGAACAGUGUGCGGAGCGGCACUGGUAUGGCCUGUGUAAACGAUAUGAUAAGUUCCCCGUCGCUGUGCUGAAAGAGGCAGUUCCGUAUGACUUUGGUGGUAUUGACGUCAUCGAUGUGCUGACGUUGGCUCCUCCCAAGAAGGAAGAUUCCAAGAAAAGUGAGGAAGAAGAGAAACCGGAGACUACGACUCAGUCUACCAUGUCAGGCCCUGAAGAGCCUUCACUCACAAACGUCGUCACUGCUGCCGAGGACUUCAUCAAGGUCCUCGCCACUGUCUCCACCUCUCAAAGCUCCACCGCCGACUCUGAAAAAGACGAGACGCAAAGCUCAGAGAAGAAGAAGAGGAAGAACACAGGGAAGAAGAAGAAAACCACCAAGAAGCAAAAAGGAAAAGGAAAGGGGAGGAAAAGAAAGCUGAAAGCAGAGGCAGGUGUUAAAGCAGAGGAAGGAGCUGCAGUUUCUCCCUCUGGCAACAAAGCAGGGGAAGUCAUCGCACUGAGUAACUUCAUCAGUCAGUCGCACAAACAUGAAGAGUCAAGUAGAAACACAAACAGAGUCGGUGGCAAUGAAUAUGAGCGCGGAAGGAAAGAAGAACCCUCCAAUGAAGUCAUGAAAGAUGAACCAGCGAUGGAUAAGGAAACUGUUUCCAUUACGUCAUCCACGAUAGUCCAGAAGAAGCCAGCAGAGUCGCAAACUGAUGCCUUGACAGAAAAAAAUUAUGCAUCAUCAAACACAACUUCUGUUCCACAUAAAGCAAAAUCCAGAGGGCUAAGAAAGGGGAGGAGAAAGAAGAUCAAGAAUGUUCCUCUUCCACCUUCUGAGGCGUUUGUAACGAACACAGCAGACGACAACGUCUCUGUCCCCAGCAUCAAUACCUCAACCUCAACAGAUCAACCUGAGCAACAAAGCCCUGGGAGAAUCUUUGACGAGCGACCUGUCGUCAGCACAGCCAGUAGUCCCAUUGUAAUCCCCAAAGUCAAAAGGAACAGGUCAAAGGAGAGAGGAGACAGAGAGGGAAAGAAAAAAAGGAAGAAAGUCAGCUGGGCCGCUCCCAUUGUGUCUAUAGCCCACGAAAAUUCCUCUGUGGACAAUCUGAAAAUGAUCCCUCUCGCCGGGGCUCCCACCGUAACACAGGUCCCCACCACAGAACAGCAGGUUUCACACAGGCUGGACAUUUAUGGCGGGAAAACAGUCACCCGCAUUACAGCUCUGAACUCUUCCUUCAGUGUAUUGAAAAAGCUAAGGUCAAAAGUGAGACGACUGAGAAGGAGGAAAACAGCUUUGCCCCCUUCCGGGGAAAAUCCAUUUUAUCACAACAGCUCUGAAAAUGUGCUCACUAUUCUCACAACUCCAGACGCUGGUGCACUGAACAGCCCUGCAACGACUGCUGCGGUUGGCUGGCCUGCGGAAAAAAUAGAAACUCACAGAAAAUGGAGGCUUUUUACAACAGCUGCAACUAAUAUCAGUACAAAACGACACAGGCAGACAAUCAGACAGCAGAGAAAACCAAGAAAGAAAGCCGUGCCUGUUGCCCUCAGCGACCAAGUUCCUAUCCCUGAACAAACUGAACAUACACCAAUGACAUUUACAACCGUGUCAUCCAAAGUCACCACUCCUGAAGGGCUCAGUCUGCAGAGAUCUGAAAAGCCCAGCAUGACCACCUCAGUUACUCCCACCAUGAGCCCAAUCCAGUUAUCUAUUGAAAGAGCAAAAGCACAAUUCACCAGGAAGAAGAGGAGGAAAGCAGCACUGUCUAUCAGACACCAAUGAGCUAUGCAGCAAAAGCAUAGCAGCAUAGGCUUAAAAAUUAAAAAAAAAGGCAACUUAGCUGGCUAGGCUAGCUUCUGUUGAUCAGAUAAACUUGCUUCAUGAUGACUUAAAGACAGUACAUUAAAAUAUUUACAGUAUAAUGUUCUUUGGUUCAGCAUUUAAAUCACAGAAAAUGACAGAAAUCACAUUUCAUUGUUAUAUGAGAAUCGUGUUUUGUAAUACUUUGUUCUGCAUGUCUAUAAUAAAAUUUAUGAAUGAUUAUA